CCCAUCGAGUCUUCUAAUAAUAAUAAGUACGAACUAUUCUUCUUCGUCUUCAGUCUUCACCUACAUUUCUCUCUAAAUCUGUCUCUAUAUACUACUAAUUUGCUCCGAGUCCUUUUUGUAACUCUUGACGCUGCCUGAGAGAGAAAGUGAAAUGACUUGGUCCGUCAUGAGAUCCAUAAACGCUCCAACACUCGACCUCUCCGCCUCACUUCUUCGCUCUUCCACUCGUACCCCAUUGGUCGCCGCUGGUGCAACGUCCACUGGUGUUUCCAUUUUCCGAAUGUCUUCGAGCUCUCUUCGUUUCGCUUCACUCUCUGUCUCAGCUUCUGCUUCUGAUGAUAACCACUUACCUAUCAUUUGUAAGAAGGAAGUUGUGUCUACAGAUAAAGCACCACCUGCUGUAGGACCAUACUCUCAGGCCAUCAAAGCCAACGGUUUCGUUUUCGUUUCAGGUGUUCUUGGACUUGUGCCUGAGACUGGAGAGUUUAUUUCGGACGACGUUGAAGAUCAGACUUACCAGGUACUCAAGAACAUGGGGCAGAUAUUGAAAGCUGGUGGUGCUAAGUACUGCUCCGUGGUGAAGACAACCAUCAUGCUUGCUGACUUGGCUGACUUCAAAAAAGUGAACGAAAUAUAUGGCAAAUACUUCCCAGAUGCUCCUCCAGCAAGAUCCACAUAUCAAGUGGCGGCUUUGCCACUAAACGCCAAGAUCGAGAUCGAUUGUAUUGCAGUACUCUAGAACAGCAUCAAUCUCUGUCAGAACAAAUAAGAUGAAAGCAUGGUUUAGGGGCUUAUCUUAUCAAUUCAUCUUAACGUACUUUUCAACCAUUAGGUUGUUGCAAAACCUAAAGCCCCUUGGCUUAAUCAAGAAUAAGUGAUUUCCUGUUGACUUGAUAUGUAUUGAGUACAAUAUUUGAUAAGAAACCGUUUAAGAUUUAAGGUUCUUAUAUGGUUUUUUUAAUUUAGAA